GACUUCGGUGUUGGACGCACAGUCAAGAGUCAUUAUUUUUCAGGAAAUCGCGAGGAACCGGAAGAAAAUCUUCCAAUUCGGCAUGCGGAAACCCUAGCAACUACGCCAGAUCAAAUCACUGCUCAAGAGAGCAGGAAUGGUGAAUAAUCAGAUGAACAGUGAUAAUCAGUACUACAAUCCGAUCACACUGCUGAACCAAAUGACGUCCGAGCCGUACUACUUCUUCCAUUUCCUCGUCUUCUUCUCGUACAUCCCCGUCCGCGUCUCCGCCUACCAAGUCCUUUCCUUCACCUCCUCAUCCCAUCUUCUUCACCGGGAAAUCCAAGCAUUUUUUGCAUUUUCCGUACUAACUGUUGUUAAGCUGGUGAAAGAAGAGACAUGGGAAGGCUUCAUUGCUGAAACUUUAUUUUUCGCAAAGAUAUUUCUCGUUGGCAUCGCUUCAGUCAUUGAUUAUCACCUGGCUCUCUGGUACAUGUUGGCAUUUCUAGUUAUAUAUAUUUCAACACAGCAACCUGCCUACCAAGGGCUAGGUACUUCAAAUCAAUUGACACCAUUGCAGUUGGAAGCCUUGCUGACAGAGGGGAACACAUCAAGAUUCUGGUUGGUAGAAUUUCGUGCGUCCUCUUUGACAACAUGUGUUCGUACCAGUCGCUUCAUUCCUGAAUUAUCCAUUACAUAUGCAAACAAAAAUUUAUCUUUUGGGAUUGUUGAUCUUGGUCUCUUCCCCAAUGUUUCAGAAAAGUUUGGGAUAUCUCUAGGGAGCAACGACAAACUUCCGAUGUAUAUAUUAUUUGAGAAUGCAGUGGAGGUUACACGUUUUCCUGAGAUGGACUUACAUGCAAAAAUUUCUAAUCCUUCUAUAACAAAGAAACUUAUUUGUCAGCAUUUCGAGCUUGAUUGGCACCUUCUCAAUUACAUCAAUGGUAAAUAGGUGAAUGAUUCGGACAUUAUUAUGCAACAGAGUUUUCAUUUUCAGAUUGUUAUUUUUAAUUUUGUUACGUUACAACUUCUUGUAUGUUGCAAACUGCCAUGGUCGUAAUAUCAAUGUUUGAUUGUUGGAAACA